AUGGCUGAGGUGAAGGUGAAGCUGCAGCCGCCCGACGCGGAUCCAGUAGAAAUAGAAAACAGGAUUAUAGAAUUAUGUCAUCAGUUCCCUCAUGGAAUCACAGACCAAGUAAUUCAAAAUGAAAUGCCUCAUAUAGAAGCUCAGCAGCGGGCAGUGGCAAUCAAUAGACUGUUGUCUAUGGGUCAGUUGGAUCUCUUACGGAGCAAUACAGGUCUUCUGUAUAGAAUAAAGGAUUCUCAGAAUGCUGGUAAAAUGAAGGGAUCAGAUAACCAAGAAAAACUAGUAUAUCAGAUCAUAGAGGAUGCAGGAAAUAAAGGAAUAUGGAGCAGAGACAUCCGGUAUAAAAGUAAUUUGCCAUUAACAGAAAUUAACAAAAUUUUAAAGAAUUUGGAAAGUAAAAAGCUUAUCAAAGCUGUUAAGUCUGUAGCAGCCUCAAAGAAAAAGGUGUAUAUGCUCUAUAACCUGCAGCCAGACCGGUCUGUGACUGGUGGAGCCUGGUAUAGUGACCAGGAUUUUGAAUCUGAAUUUGUAGAGGUGCUUAACCAACAGUGUUUUAAGUUCCUACAAACCAAGGCAGAAACAGCCCGAGAAAGCAAACAGAAUCCAAUGAUACAAAGAAAUAGUUCAUUUGCUUCAUCACAUGAAGUGUGGAAAUAUAUCUGUGAAUUGGGGAUCAGUAAGGUAGAGUUGUCCAUGGAGGACAUUGAAACCAUCUUGAAUACACUCAUAUAUGAUGGGAAAGUGGAGAUGACUAUCAUCGCUGCAAAGGAAGGCACAGUUGGCAGUGUAGACGGACACAUGAAAUUGUACAGAGCAGUCAAUCCAAUCAUCCCACCUACAGGCUUGGUCCGGGCCCCCUGUGGACUCUGCCCGGUUUUUGAUGACUGCCAUGAAGGUGGUGAGAUUUCGCCCUCUAACUGCAUUUACAUGACAGAAUGGCUUGAAUUUUAA